AAAUUAAGCAAUAUGAUCUUUUUUAAAUAUUAAAUGUAUGAUCAACGGCUGUAUUGUAGAAGUAAACACUGUACUCGAGUAAAACAAUUCUUUGGAGAAUAUAUUUUGUGAUUUCGACUGUGUUUACUGUAUGACAAACUUAAUUGAGGGCAAUGAAUGACCAUACAAGUCAAAGAGCGAUCCAGCAGCCUCCAUGUAUUGACUGGCAGCAAAGAAACAAAGAAAGAGCAUUGGUACCUGUAUGUUAGAGAUGUAUGACAAGGGUCUUUGGACAGAUGUCAAGUUUCGAUGUAAAGAUCAUGACGAAGAGGAGGUGAUUACAGCGCAUAAAAUUGUUCUAGCAGCUAGAAGCCCCGUGUUUCAAGCGAUGUUCUUUGGUCCUUGCGCUGACGGAAAAGGUGAAGUGGAACUCAAAAAUGUAGAAAAGGAAAUAUUGCAUCUGUUUCUAAGGUUCAUUUACAGUGAUACAGUGGAACUGGCUGAGGAAAAUGCCUUUGGAGUUUUGGAAAUUGCACAUUUUUAUCAGGUUCCAAGUUUGGUACAGUUCUGUGCUGACUAUCUGGCUACAAUCAUCACACCAAACAACGCUUGUGAAGUACUAAGAAAUGCAAUGUUAUACAAGAUAACUAGCCUGAGAGAUGUUUGUUGCUCUUUUAUCGACAAUCAAGCGAAGCAAGUCCUCAACUCAGAUAAUUUUAUGAAUUUAUCCCCUGAACAUCUCUUGUACAUUUUAAAAGGAGAUACAUUUUACGCCGAUGAGGAAGAAAUAUUAAAAACGGCAGAUAAAUGGUCAAGGAAGAAAGUCGUUGGAGGUAACCAAGAAGAAACUGGUUUGAAUAUCCGUAAAUGUCUUGGUGAGGCAUUUUAUCAGUUGAGGUUACCAACAAUGACAUAUAAGUCCUUACUGGAAUGUACAAGCCGAGAGGGAUAUUUUUCUGUUGCAGAAUAUGCAGAUAUUGCAGGCUACAUUAACAAACUUCCAGGUAUUUCGGUUCCAACUAAUUCCUGCACAGUACGUUUGCCCGAGAUAGAAACAUUAAAAGUAAACAACAAAGACAAGGCCCUACAUAUAAAUGACAGUGUAUCUGUUUCCUUUGAGAUACUUGUAGCAAAGGAUGUAGCAAUGUUGAAUAUUGCCCUCGAGGAAAUUAAACCGUAUUUGAAGAGCGUGAGAGACUUGUACACAAGUACUGAAUCCAGAACUUCAAUAGAAAGAAAUGAAAGAAUAUCACCCUUUAUGGAUCGGGCUGUUCAUUUUACUUAUGACGAGUAUGCAAUUUUUUUGAAACCUAUGAAAGAGUUUGAGCUUCCUGAAAAUCUAGGACUAGAGUUGUCUGUCAAUGUCGUAAUUAAAUAUCUAGAAUUUGAACAAAAUUUUCGUAUGCAUCAAACACAGCCAGAAAACUGUAAAGUUAAUUUUAAUCCACCGUUAGUACUGGAAAAAAGUAGUACGCCCUAUUGCGUGGAAAUGAAAAUUCAAUAUAGCUGUGAGGGUGCAGUUCAGAUAGGUACAAAAGGCUCUAGACACAGCAGUGAAAGAAUCUCCAGCAAAUCAAGUGACACGCAAGCUAAAGGCUGUUUUUGCGGAAUUAAAAGCAUCGAAUUUAAAAACAUUUCUAAUCGCGACGCUAUAACUGACAAUCAAUCGACUGAAGCAAAGGAGAUGGAAUCCAAUGAUGACGGCAGAGAUAAGGCGCAUUGAAUAAAGUUGAGUAAAGCUGUCUAUCUUUCUUUUUUAUAUUAUAUUUCUAUAUAAUAUGAAAUAGACAGACAGACAGACAGCUUUGAUACAUAAGCUAAAUGAAAAGUGAAACUGGAACAAAAUACACUGAAUGUUUCAUAUGUACAUAUUUCAGUAAGAUACACCAUACAUUUAAUAUUUUUCACGCACUGCACAGUAAAUGGAUUGUGAAAACAUGUUUUAUUUGCUUUUUUUUCAAAUUUAUACGUCACGACAACAUCAAUGAAUAGGCGGAUACAGUGGUGUCUGGUAGUGGGAACGCACUGAUGUGAGCCUCCAUUCCAAUGCAUUAACUAUCCCAGAUGCAUGAUCGUUUACUUCUUUAUCUUGGAAAUAUUUCGGCUUGCUUCGACCGCAAAAUGUUUUGUUCAUAUACUAGAUCUAGAAAUAUUAGAGAUAUGGUGAUCCGUGUAAUUACAACACAAAAGCUGACAGGACAAAUAUUCCUGGAUCAAAAUAGUUAAACCGCCAUUUGCAAUUUUGCCAAUAUCGUAAAAAAAUACUAGAAUUACUAGCUUGAAAUAUAACGUAAUUUCAUAAUUGCUGCCUCACUGGAAUAUCACGCCGUAGACAUGUGACAUGAUAUCCCACCCAGUCACAUUAUACUGACACCGGGCUGACCAGUCCUAGCACUUCCCUCUGAAUGCUGAGCGCCAAGUGAGGAAGCUACUAGUACCAUUUUUUACGUCUUUGGUUACCG